AUGGCAUCGAGCGGCGAGGCCUCACAACACGACCCGUUCUGCCCACCUCCUAACGCGACGCUUUGUGCUUUGGUCAAUGAGGCAAGAUGCAGAAGCCGAUUCGCACUGGAAUUCUCCCCCUCCGAAAUAUGUCAGCCUUGUCUUGCAUUCUACGAUUCGGUUCAGCUUGAACGAUAUGUUAUCAACCACGAUCCCGACCAGUCAGUAAUGGAAAUCAUCACGAAGAAACGAGACGCUGCGCAAAAAAUGAAAGAGACCGUCGAAAACAAGCACAAUAAGUUCCUCUGCGCAUUUGAAGAUCCGGACUUUGAUGGUUGCAAAUGGAGGGACGAAGACUUCAAUCUAAAGCUUAUGAGGAAGGGAGGAGAAUGUACGCUCGUCGCAGUCAAGGGCAAGGCUUGUAAUUAUUGUUGGCCCCGGUGGAUGGAAACCGUCGGAACAACCUUUAACAUCACGGAUUACUUCGACGCUUCAGGGAUUCUCAGAGAUGAUGACUCCGAGAGUGACGAUAGUGUGGAGGACGAACAAAUCGGCACUGCAGCGCAAGGAGCCGAGAUCACCGUGGGCGAUGAUCAAGAUGUAGUACCGAGUGUCGAAACGGAAGACGAUGACCUUGGAUAUAACAUUGUUCUGCCCUGA